UAGAGACCUUUAGCAACUUCUCCAGCAGUUUUACCUCCUUUCUGUUGAGCGUAGUUCUUUAGAGCAGUUUUCAAUCAGGUUCUCAUUUCACACUCUGACCAUGUCCAGACAGAUACAGGUUUUUACCUCGUUACGUUAUCGGGUUUCAAUUAAUUUUAUUGAUGGUACAGAUUUAUGACUUUUGGGUUGUAUAAUUAAACUUUAUAUACAUUUUUAGUUUCUUGAAUUAAAAUAACAACAUCCCAAUCUGUCUGUUAGUUUCAGUUCAUCAGUCUGCGGCUUGAGCCUGUUGCUGAUACGACUACUUUGAUACGACUACUUUCUGUAAUUUUGAGAGAUCUCAUGAAAAAAUUCUCUAUUUACUCAUUAGCUUUAUUUUUUAAAUGCGUUUCCGAGCACCGGCCUGUAGGCGGCAGCAAGGCUCCGUCAGGGAGAAUCUCCUGCUGUGAACAGACCGUAGAAGAAGAGGAGGACUGUUUGGAUGGAGGAGCAGAAAAAAUGGCGAACACUUACAGAAUGACGGACAGAGACAUCAGGCUGAUGAUUCAUCUUCGUGCCACCAACGCAGCCAUCUUCACCGGGAGGAGGAACUCCGCCAUGAGAGGCUGGAGGGCCAUCAGGAAGGAGAUGGGGCUGCAGGGGAUGAUGUCAGCGCGGCAGCUGAAGAAGAAGUGGGACAACUUGAAGGAGAAGUACAGGGUGCUGAAGAACCCUCCGGAGGGCAUGGAGAACUUGACCAGGCCCAGCUCGUGGCGCUGGUUCCACCUGAUGGACGAGGCCAUGAGCGGCCGCCUGACAGGGACCGCCAGCGUAGUGCAGCCGUCCCUGCUGGACGAGGACGAGGAACACACCUCAGACCUGCUGCCGCUCAGCCCUCCCAGCACCAGAGAGGCUUUUUCUUUUUCUGGACUCAGUGUUGUUGAAAGGGGAACCGUGGAGGAGGUGGGGGCGCUCGGGGGGGUGCUGGAGAUAAGUGGGAUCAAAGCAGAGAACAGAGCUGAGUCACCUGCUGCUGCAGCCGGAGGAGACAGAGAGGGUCUGAGAAGCCCUGACGUUCAGCCUGUGAUGGGCCAAAGCCAGACCGCCCUGCUGUACGCCACGUUACAGCCGGACACCGGCAACACGCCGUGCUCCUCCAGAGACCUGGUCAGAGAGGCCGCCGAGGUGGACAGGAAGCUGUGUGAGCUGCAGAGGGAGAGAGAGGCUCUGGAGAGAGAGCAGGCCGAGUUCGACAGAGAGCUGAUCGCUCUAGAGAGAGACAGGGAGCUGCUGAACAGAGACAUGGCCGCUCUGGAGCGGGACAGGACGGCUGUGGACAGAGAGCGAGCGGCCGUGGAGAGAGAGCGAGCGUUUCUGGACCGAGACCGAGCGUUUCUGGACCGAGACCGAGCUUUUCUGGACAGAGACCGGGCUUUUCUAGAAAGAGCCACAGAGGACUUAGAGAGAGACAGAGCUCUGUUCAGGAGAGAGAGGGAGGGGGAGGCUGUGGACAGACAUCACGUUGAGAUGAUGACGGAGAAGGAGGUGGUACUUCAGACCAGGUUCUACCAGAGUCUGAUGGCCUCAGAUCUGGACCCAGACCAGCUGGAGACCAGACAGAGACUGGUGUCUUUGUUCCAGAAGCUCGUUGAGAAACUGUGAGUGGAGGUUGUUUCCAUGUGUGUUGUAUAGAAGUGAUGAAACCCUCCCGAAGAUCUGGACCUGAGCCGCUUCUGGUGGUCCGGUCGUCCCUGGUGUCAAUAAAGACUCAGCACUCCUGUCCCAAACUCAGGAACAGGGUUUUUAUGGGGCCUCCCUUAAAACAAAGUUCUGUCUUGUUCCCAGUGAUUCAUUGAGUGAUGCUGUGACCUACAGUCUUUUUAGCCUGUAUUAGUCUCCAUGUAGUCAGACUGUCUCAUUACAGCAGCUGAGA